AUGCACCAUAGUCUGUGUUACCCCAGAUGCACCAUAUUCCUUUAUGAUUAUGAAAAAGGAAUGGAUAGAGAGGAAGGCUCCAGGCUUCCUUUCUUUCUCUUGGCUCAGGAGCGUAGUAAGAGGAUUCCGCUGCAUAAAAUCCCACAUUUUCUGACUCAGACGGCACAAGUCAAUGAAGCAAUAGCGCUUGAUUAA